UCCUGUUAAAACUGUGUGUGUGUGUGUGUGUUAGAGAUAAAUGGGAGAGUAGAAACUCCAGGCUAAUUCCUCAGAUAGUUCAUAACAUUAGGGCUCAUCGUACGCCUGCAGUCCUUUCCAAGGCCUCAGGCAGAACCUCCUCUUCUUCAUCUCCACCAUCUUCAUCACCACAACAAGACCAUGACUUCGUUUGAGUACGACCACACAGACGACUACUGGAACAGCACAAUACCGUAUUUAUGGGACUGCAACAUCAACCUGGACGACAACCAAAGGCGCGUGGCUCUCUUCCUCAUCUACCUGUUUGUUUUCAUGGUGGGUCUACUGGAGAACCUGCUGGUCGUCUGGGUCAACUGGGGACGCAGACAUGCAGCUAACGGGGUUCUCUUCUGUAUCAUCAACAUCAGCCUCUCAGACCUGAUGGUGAUCGUGAUCCAGCCUUUCUUCAUGUUGGAGGCGGCGAUAGACUACGUUUGGCUGUGGGGCCACUUCCUCUGCAGGGUCACCAAACUCAUCUACUCCAUUAACUUCUACAGCAGUACUUUCUUCCUGGCCGCUAUGACCGUGGAGCGCUACCUGUCCCUGAUUAGACCCUCGUCUCCGGCCUUGUUUCCCGUGACAGGCAAGCGGCGCUGGGUUCUCUGUGCAGGUUUAUGGCUGUUUUCUUUUUUUUUAACUGUGCUAGAGAACAUUCAUGUGCAGCUCUUGGGUGUGAAUGAACCGGGCUGCUUCAUUUUCCCAGCGCACAACUACUUCGAAUGGUCCAUCACUUUGUCUGUCCUGUCGUUGUUGUUCCAGUUUGUAUUACCCGGCACUGUCAUCAUCACGUGUAAUGUGCUGAUCGCUCGAGCCGUUAAGACGGCUCCGGAUGUUCAAGGCAGCAGGGACGUGUGGCUCGUGCAUCUGUACUCUCUGGUGUUUGUGAUGUGCUGGCUGCCAUAUCACUUAAUCGUGUGGCUGCUGGUCAUAGACGAAUAUGAUCCUUACAUCCUCUCCUGCAACGCAGUCCUGGUCCUCCUGUACACCUACAACGUGGUGGAGUGUCUGUCUCUUUUCCACUGUAUCGCCAACCCUAUCCUCUACAACUUUCUGAGCAAGAGCUUUAAAAACAAUCUGUUCAACAAAGUGUUGAGUCACAUCCCCAGAGAGGUCACUGUGGACCAAAUGGCAGCAGUGAAUCAACACCAUCAGGUAAACGGAGCUGGGACAGAGCCAGGGAAGCAGCGCAAGUUAAGUAACACCAGCACAAGUCAGUCUGAUGUUGAAUCAUAAGAAGGAGGUGAAAUAAUAGAUGUCACUUCAGGACAAGACUGAAGCCUAUCUGCUUCCACUAUUGCAAUGUAUCUUCUCCUUUCAGUCACGGAGUCAUUGUUCUGUGUGUGUAAGGCAACAGACGGUUUCAACGCUUUUCUCUUCUCUUGGCUUUUCCAACAUCUCUGAUCUGAACCGUAAACAGAGAAAAUCAGGAGUUGUUUGAUGUUUGUUACUGCUCCACAGAGCUGUUCAUCUCCCACAGCAAAACGUGCCAAAGUGAUGGCAUGGAGGAAAGAACCGUUCCACACCAGGAAUGUGUGUAAACAAAUCUACUGCUCCGCUGUGUACCAGAUAAGAACUGCCCUCAUAUCUUUAUCACCAUCAUGGAAUGCAGGUUGUAACCAAACAGAGUUGACUCUUAUUCUGAGCAGAUAAAUCACAGUUGCCAUUUAUCUGUGUCUGGACGCUGCUGUUGUCUAUGAGUAUUGUUCAAAUAUAUAAAAUAAAUAAAAAUGUAAAAAAA